AUUUCAGCGGGGUAUUAUCAUUGCCAAGCACCGACUUUCGUCGCAGAGCUGUUUACCGCUCGAUAUGCGAAGGAGAGCAGAAAGCUGAGCCGAGAGUGUGGAGAGUGAUCAACGUUUCGGAGUGGCAACUCUUUCUCAGGAGUCGAGGCCCCUGGGAUCUUAUAGUCUGGUCAUCACCUGAGGUACUGGCACUCAGUUCUCGUCAAGAUGACGGACGAACGCACUUCCCUGACGGGGAACUCAUUGCUAGACAGCCAGUCCUCACUGGCAAAGCUGUUCAACAACCUGUUCGAUGUGGACUACUUCAACGACACCGGCGAUAUUCUCGUCAACAUGCACAAUGUCGUCUCCAACAUUGUGUGGUUCCGCAUCGCUUCCUGGUUCUACCUGGGCAUGAGCAUUGCCAGCAUCUGCGUCGGCUCCAUCUACCUACACCUAUGCACCGUGGAGUACAUGAUUCCCAUCUAUCUGAUCGUGGCCGGCUGCGUGGGCAUCUGCACCAACCUGCUCUUCAUGUGCAAGUGGGCCACCCAGUCCUGGUCUGGAUGGUAUACCUGUACUACCACUAGCGACGGCUGCAAGUCGUUCUGGUUCACGUGGACACUGUGGUUAUUCUUCUGGUUCAACCUGGCCUGGUUCAUCGCCGGCAGCGUGUGGAUCUUCGGCGUACACACACGCUAUCGCCAUAACUACGACUACAACCCCGCCACGCAUCUGUACGUUGUCCGCCAUUAUCACCCCGAAUACCUCCAUGAAGUCCUCAUAGCCAAUGUACGCCACACCGACAACGCCGCCGUCGAAACCAACGCCCUGGUGAAGGCAGCAAACGCAGCUCACGCCGACGACGCAGACGCCGUCGCCAACAACAACUACCACAACGGAGACCAGGAUUUUGCCGAAAGCGAACACCAUAUCUCGGCUCAGGGCGAGAGGAGUGAGCAUCGCGUCGCCGUGAAGAAUGCCGACCAGGAGUAUGCGUAUAAGGAUGGCGAUGCCGCCAAGACGGAUUUCGGCGCGGGCGACGGAGAAGUACUCAUCAAGCGCAGGGCGUCGCGCGGUCUCAACUUUGCCGUGCGCGCCAAGGCGCUGAAGGCCCACCGCCUGCGCCAGUACGGCGGGCUGCCCCACCACCCGUACUGCCACCGCGGCCUGUACGAGUACGCGUUCUGGGUGACCAUCGCCCAGUACAUAAUGAUGGCGCUGGAGCUGUUCAUCAUGGUCAGCUUGACCUGCUGCACGUGCUGCGCGUUCAUGGUCGUGCGCUAUCCCAAGGUGGGCUAGUAGGCUGUUCACUCGCCGCCGGCCAGAUAACACACGCACGGACAACCGCGUGCACGUGUGUCUUUGGUCGUCCGUCAUCGCAGGCAAGAGUCGGCAUCAACACCGACUUGCACCGGUAUGCAUCCGAGAACUGUCGCUGCCUUCAUCUCUCGUCAUUCUUCUGUCCCACUGCUGCUAUGAUUGUUACUGCCAUACUGGGCAGCACUGUGCAAAACUCACGGCUCACGUCAUCUGUCUCACUGCCUCUCUCUUGCUUUUUUAUUAUUUUCGGAAGUUUUCACAUCUUGCCCCAUGACACAUGCACACGAACACACAUGCCAGAUGUGUUUCCUGCCUGGAGCAAAUAUAUAUCGCCGAAUUGCAUCAUUACAAGUACAUGCAUGCAUUAUUCAAAAAUGUCAGAUUCUCGUAUCGCGGUAUUCUCUAUCUGGCUGGUUUUACCGCCUCGCACUGCGGCUAGCAAAAGUAGAAUUUCUGACAUUGUCACACCUCACGCGCAUAGACGAAGCUCACAAAGUUUUUCAUUUUCAAGAAUUAUACCGCUCAUUCAUUGCCAGACGUUGUGCUCUGCAGAGGUGUAACUGUGUGUGCGGCAGUUGUACGAGCACACCAUAGCCAAUAAUGUCAGGUCUACACGGUCACUAUUCUGCUGAUGUGCCCGUGGCUAUGCGACCAGCUUGCUGCCGUAUUCGAAUCAAUUCUUCACUCUUUCUGAUCUUUUAUCUUUGUGGAACACAUGCAUGUGUGCUGAAGGCUUGCCAUAUAAAGAACUUACAGAAAAGUCA